AAUCUGUUUGGGUACGAGUCCUGCUCCUCGGUGCCAUAGAAAGAAGCUAAAUAGUUGCUGUUGUAGAAAAUCCUUGUGGAAUGCCAAACUCUUCCAGUACAUUAAGAUUUUUGGGGCAACUGUGCAGAGAGUUGAAAAGAAAUGAAUUUGCUGAACUUUGGGCCAAGGUCGCUGAUCAGAAUUUUGCAAUCCGCAAUUGUGUUUUCGGUAUUUUCGUCAAUGUGGCUGCUUCAACGAUCGGAAACAUCGAGAACCCUAGUGAAUGACGUAGACGUAGAAGUGUGGAGGGUCGGGCUCCGGAAAGGGAAAGACUUCGCUUUGGCUGAAACGAUACAAAAAAGGAACAAAGUUCUGUUGUCUCGUCGUCUAGACAUCACGGAAACUCCUAUUCAAAACGUUAUUGGCUUUCCCUCAAAAAAUCGGAGCGAGCUUUCAGCACCACAAUCAGCUCACUUACAAGAUGUGCUUGCUAAUCCUGAGAAAGAAAAACGCCAAGAGGGUUCAUAUGCAGCUGUCACAAAAGACCAGUCAGUGGAUUCGGAGAAUGAAGAAAAACAGAUGGAAGAUAUAGCGGGUAACUCUUUUCGUGACGGCAAAAGAAAAGAUGACGUAGGAUCCGAGAGUCACAUUGAAAGUUACGAAGGUAGCUCAGCCGGGGCUAAUAAUGAUCGAAAUGAAUUGGUCACGACGAGGGAGCAAAUUUAUGAUAAUAAAGAAAAACAGGUGGAAGAUACAGAGAGUAACUCCAAUGGCGACGGCAAAGGAAAAUAUGACGUGGGAUCAGAGGGCCGCAUUCAAAGUGACGAAGAUAGACCAGCUGGAGCAAAUAAUAAUGGAAAUGAAUUGGUCACGACGAGGGAGGAAACUUAUGAUUGGGGUCAAUGGGAUGUUCCAUCUGAUCUAGUGGGUGAUCGGCAGGGAAACGAACCAAAAAUUUUAUGGGGGAUCGCAAGUGCAUUUGGGAGUGACAUGGAAAGGCGAAGGCGGGAGGUUAUGAGAAAAUCAUAUUUGUCUUUCUACAAAAACAAUGUCCAUCUUGUCGAUAAUCCCGAUCGCAUUUGCUCAUUGAUUGAUGUUAUGGAGAAAAAAGUUGAAUUCGACAAGUGUCAAAUGGUGUACACCUUCUUCAUGGGUGGAAAUCCCGAUGGAGAGGAAGAAAUGAUGCUUGGAACCGACUCACAGUCCUCUGAUUAUUUGGCUGAUACUUCUACGAUCCCUGACGCCGAACGCGAUUCAACUUACCUGAAUAUAAAGGAGAAUCAAUUUGGUGGAAAGAUGCAGUCAUGGUUUGCUUAUGCAUCCAGUAUAAUCAAUGAGGGCUUGGCCUUCGACUAUGUUGUCAAAGCCGAUAGUGACACCUUACUUUAUCCGACAAAAUUCCUAAAGGUUGUGAACCGAAAACUCCCAGCAAAUCCGGUUAGAAUUUAUUCGGGAGUAUCCGUCUCGAGAUUGCACUGUGGAUUCAGAAAGGACGAACAUUGCUCAAAAAUGAUAGACAAAUACUACAUGGGAGGUGCUGCAGAGAUUCUUUCUGCAGAUCUCGUUCAUCACGUUGCGUCACUAUCGUAUGAGAGAAGGCGAGAACUUGAAAUUACAGAUCACGAAGACAUAUCGAUCGGAAAUUUCGUAUUGAGUCAUCCCGAUCAUGUCACUCCGAUUGAACUCGGGUACCCAGGAAAAUUAGUACGGAACAAACCGCUUCUCUUGCCCUGGGUCUGGUCACAUGACAAAAAGACUAAGCAGCCAGGGAAAUGGCUAUCGAGAUGGCUAAAUUAUGAGAAAGACGAAAGAUGGCGAAAUUCAUCAAGUGAUAAUAUCAUGAUUGUAGCAGCUUCGAAGAAAUGUAGUCAGCUUGUCGACAAAGUGAUCAGACCGUCAUGUACGAAAGUUGGCAAGUCAAAAGUAGAGCACUGUGUUAUGAAUGGUUUUGGCGACAAAUCGGAGCUGCACAUCUCGAAACUCGCGACAAACACGUCAUCCUUCGUAUCGUCUACGGAGACAGUGGGUGAUGUCACUUCCGAGACAUGGAAUCAAAGGAUGGUCGUUACAGUUCAAAAUCCCAUUAAUGAGCUUCUCACCGAUUGGCUAGAUGGUCUAUCUCCAAGCAACAAUGCCGAAAUUGUUGUAAAUACUUCUCGGAACCGAAAAGCCUUAUUGCAAGUGAAAAGUUCUUCUAGCGAGAUUUUCGUCGUCCGAGCGGAACAUAUUUGGGACGACAUACUAUUUUUAGAAGAAAUAUUAGGGAAUCCAAACGCUCGCAAUAUCGAAGCGACAGAGUGGCCCUCACUCUCAGAUCCUGCUGUUGCAAUCAAAAUGAACAUUGCUGAAGGAAAACUAGUUUCGCUACAAAUGUGCUGUGCAUUGCAUGGGGAGAUUCGUGCAUAUAAUGAACUCCUUCUCCUUGGCAAGAAUCUAGAGGCACCAGAAAGCAAACUACAGGAGUCUUUGGACAGCACCUACAGAAGUUGUGGAGUCCAGAGUUCCCAUGAGCUAGAGGACAAGUGCAGAGCAUCAAAAACAUCAUUUGCUCAGGAAUAAUCGCCGGCAUCAUUGAAAUAUCGUGAGCUGUGUACAUACGACAUUAUUGAAUGAGUUACUCAAAAAACAAAAAUCCUCACUUCGAAACUCUGUUGACUUGCAGGUGCAUCGAAUUGCUGGCAAGCAGUCUGCUCUUCAAGUCACCCAACGUAUCAAUAUAAAUAGUUAGGAAUAGC